AAAGUUAAAUGUGGACCGCGAACAAAGCUUUUCGUUCUGGUUCGUUGCCGCCUUCCACGUUCCUCAUCCUUUAUUCUCUGCUCUUCUCUCUCUCUCUCUCUGCAUAAACCCUAACCCUAAUUUGGUGCCGUUGCCUCCGUCUUAUCUCUAUCGCCUUCUUCUGGUUCGAAUUCGAGUUUUCUUGCAUUUUCUGCAGAUCUUUAGAUCCGUAAGAUUUGGAAUCCCACUUUCUCGAUUCCUCCCAUCUCUUAAUUUUCUGUCGAGUUUUGAAUUUUCUUCUCGUUUGUUUCAUGUGAAUAACCGUCUGAAUUUCGAUUUUUUCAUGUGCAAUUGUGAAUUAGGUUGCUAAAUCGAUCGAUUCGGGCUUGUUUUAGUCACUUACUCCAAAAAUUUUUUUAUAGAAAGUUUGAAAUCGCCUGUUAGUUUUUUCUUUUCAUUUCUCCGGUUCGGAUUGGAACCAGAAUACGAUUUUUCGGGAUUGGAAGAUUUCAAUUCGACUCGUUCGAAUUCAGAGUUUCCAGAUCUAACUUCGGUUUAGUCCCACCACUGUUUUCUUGAAUGCUAUCGCGUGAUUGUGAUCAUUUCGAAGAACGUUUCUUUAAUGGGAGAAGAAGCUGUUUGUUUGGAGAUGCCAAUGGAAGGAGUAAUGACAGAUGGGAAUUCAUCAAUGAGCGAAUUGAAGAGAGACCGUAUAUAUCUUGCAGAUGAUAUCGAAGCAGAGGAGUAUCCGAACAAGAAACAAGUGAAAGAGGCUUCAAAUGAUGACAUGAAAUCUGAAAUUUCGAAUCCAGUGGCGUCUCCUGUUGAAAACAACUCCAGUUUUCACGACAUCUCGAGCCAACCCGCGAAGCAGAGGAGCACCGGCGAUCCGAUGGAAUGCGGCGAGGUUACUGCUACUUGUUCUGGUUCCGAAGAUACGGCAAGUGAUGAAGAACGCAGUGGAACCGGAAUGGAUAAUUCGAGCGAUGAAUCGACGUCCAGUUUCGUGUUGGAGAUUCCGAAACAUCUUAGUUCAACGGGGAUCACGAAAAUUACAUUUAAGCUCAAGAAACCCAAGGAGACGAAAGAUCCUGCAUGGGACAAUGUUUCUUUACGUGGAACUCCUUCUAUGGGAAUGAAGACAGCGAAGAAGAUUGCUUCUGGGAACUUCCCGUCUAAUGUGAAGAAGCUAUUAUCGACGGGUAUUCUCGAGGGAGCUCGUGUGAAGUAUAUUUCGAGCCCACCAGUGAGAGAGCUUCAGGGGAUGAUCCACACUUGUGGAUAUUUGUGUGGAUGUACAACGUGCAAUUUCUCCAAAAUUCUUAGUGCGUAUGAGUUUGAGCAGCAUGCUGGGGCAAAAACGAGACACCCGAAUAACCACAUUUUUUUGGAGAACGGAAGGCCAAUCUAUAACCUUAUUCAAGAGCUGAAAACUGCACCACUCGAUGUACUUUACGAGGUGAUAAGGAAUGUGGCUGGUUCUGCUCUAAAUGAGAAGGGCUUUCAGACUUGGAAAGAAAAUUUCCAGAAGGGUAAUAGCAUGUCUGAAUCUGACAGGAAGUAUACCAUGGAGCAUCUAAACUCAUAUCAUUCCAUUACCAGUUAUCCUGGUCAAUCACUUGAUGAAAGUAAGGAGAGCAACUAUUUUGUAGAGAUGACAAGCAUAAAGGACACCUUCGAAGGACAGAUGCGAAUUGUUAAGAAGGUUCGCUCUCAUAAUCCUGGAACAGGCAUGCAACAUAAGAAGGUUACUGAAGGUGGCACUAGGAAGAGGGACAAUGAUUUACACCGGUUGCUUUUUAUGCCAAAUGGACUGCCAGAUGGAACUGAAUUGGCUUACUAUGUGAAAGGACAGAGACUACUUAAGGGCUACAAGCAGGGAGGCGGUAUAGUAUGUAGCUGCUGUGACAGAGAGAUCAGUCCUUCUCAAUUUGAAGCACAUGCCGGAAUGGCUGCUAGACGACAGCCUUAUCGUCAUAUCUACAUCGCUUCUGGAUUGUCAUUGCAUGAUAUAGCCAUGUCAUUGGCGAAUGGACAUGUCAUUACCACUGGCGACAGUGAUGACAUGUGUGCUGUUUGUGGGGAUGGUGGUGAUUUGCUACUUUGCGCUGGAUGUCCUCAAGCGUUUCAUACAGCGUGUUUGAAAUUUCAGUCUAAGCCUGAAGGAACUUGGUACUGUUCAAGCUGCAAUGAUAGACCUGUAUCCAGUAAAAUGGUCACAACUGCUGAUCCUUCAAGUAAUUCUAAACCAAUAGUUAUAAGAUUGACACGAGUCGUGAAAGCCCCAGAAAGUGAAAUCGGCGGUUGUGUGUUCUGCAGGUCCCAUGAUUUUAGCGCUGGGAAAUUUGACGAUCGAACUGUUAUUCUUUGUGACCAGUGUGAGAAAGAGUACCAUGUCGGUUGUUUGAGAGAAAAUGGGCUUUGCGAUUUAAAAGAAAUUCCACAAGACAAAUGGUUCUGUUGUGGAGACUGCAGCAGAAUCUAUAUGGCUCUGCAGAGUUCUGUUUCCUGUGGAGUACAAACUAUUCCUGCUCAGUUGUCAGACACAAUUAGAAAAAAACAUAGAGAAAAAGGAGCAGCAUUUGUAGACAAUGGGGAUAAUGUGCAAUGGAGAAUUCUUAGUGGAAAAAGUCGAAAUCAAGAGCAUCUACCCUUGCUCUCACGCGCUGCUGCUAUUUUCAGGGAGUGUUUUGAUCCUAUUGUUGCAAAGUCAGGUCGUGAUCUCAUUCCUGUCAUGGUCUACGGGAGAAAUAUAUCUGGACAAGAGUUUGGAGGAAUGUACUGUGUGGUUCUGAUGGUGAAUUCUCUUGUUGUGUCGGCCGCUCUGCUUAGAAUAUUUGGAAGACAAGUUGCCGAACUUCCUCUUGUCGCUACGAGUCGACAGUACCAGGGAAAGGGAUAUUUUCAAGGGUUGUUUGCAUGCAUAGAGAGUCUACUCUGUUCUCUGGAUGUUCAAAAACUUGUUCUCCCGGCCGCUGAAGAAGCGGAGACUAUAUGGACGAACAAGUUUGGCUUUACAAAGAUGACAGAACAGCAAUUGCAGAAGCACCAAAGAGAAGUCCAGUUUACAGUCUUCAAUGGAACAUUGAUGCUGGAGAAGACCGUACCGCCCACUGCAUCCCCCUGACUUUGGAUUCGAAGCUGCUGAAUUUUUGUUGCUAGCCGAAUCUCGUCAUUCGUGCCUUGGUUUGUUCUGUAAGUAGUUUUUCUUUCCCCCCCUCAGUUGUGUAAGAAGAAGUUCAUCAUCAGUGUGAAGUGGUUGUUGAUUAGUUGCCUUCUUCCGCCAUUAGUAUUUCCUGGAUGUGACAAAGAGAUAGGCACCACCCAUACAUAUAUAGGAUCAAUUAGAAUGUUCAUGUGACUUCAAAUUUUUUUUUUGUUUGCAUAUCAAGGUUUAUAAGGCUGGAUAA